GUCACUUGCAGAUGUGAGAUAACAGUCGACUUCGUCCGUUAAGGAUCUCUUUGUGAAGUCGUCGUCCAUGUUCAUAGUUUCAGUGUAGAAGACUGUCAUCUAAUCGCUGCCUUGAAUUCAUUUACAAACUUCCUCUUAACACAAAUAUACUGAGAUCAAAGUUGUUAUGAAGUUCAUAAAACAGGGGCAACCAGGAGACGUUCCUUCACGGACUUCCUGCUGGGAACGUUGAUCAUUCCCUGGAGGAAACAUCUCUCUUGUUUCUACCCUUUUUCCCUGACCUGACGGGGACAUGUGAUGGCGCGGCGCCGGGGGGCGUCACGUUCCCACGGCGGCCCGGGCUGGUAUUGAUAAGCGUGCGGAGAGGGAUGGGCAGCUUUAUUGGCAGGGCGAUUGAUGACAGCGACCUCUGCGAGGUGGUGACACACUCGGUCCCCCAGGACGCCGGCAGCUUGCCCUGGCCGGUCUCUGGUCGGGUUCUGGCCGCUCGCCCGCCAGCCUGUCACUUCCUGGACAACACAGAGAGGCAGAGCCAGCUCCGGCUUCCGUCGUGUGGCACUUCAGCGCCGUGAGGCGAGAAGAGGGGUCUGAUGGGACCAUGUUUAGCAGCUUCAGCAGGACCGGCAGAUUCCUCAGGUAAAGCCAUGCGCCUGGGCAGUGCUCCGUAACCUCCCCGCUCCCUCGCCUCCCACUUGAUCACCUCCCCCUCCUCUUGCUCCCGCGCCCCGCCGGUCAUGGCGACCACCAUGGAGGCGCUGCUGGCCCGGCCCGACCUGGAGCCGAGCCCCGAGCGUCUGGACGGCUGCGAGGCCACUAGUGGGCGCUACAAGGUGGUCCCCUGCGUGGUCUGCUCCAUGUGCUGUCUCUUUGGCAUCAUUUACUGCUUCUUCGGAUAUCGCUGCUUCAAGGCGGUGAUGUUCCUGACGGGCCUGAUGUUCGGCUCCGUCGUUAUCUUCAUGCUGUGCUACAAGGAGCGCGUGCUGGACACCCAGCUGAGCGUGGAGGCCUCGGUGGGCAUCGGCCUGGGCAUCGGGACGCUCUGCGGCCUGGUCACCAUGCUCGUUCGCAGCGUGGGUCUGUUCAUGGUGGGCCUGCUGCUGGGCCUGCUGGUGGCCGUGGCCACCCUGGUGGGCAUGGAGGAGCUUUCCGACAGCCCGGCGCGCUCCGUCUGGGUGCCUUUGGGCGUGCUGCUUGGCCUGGGCAUGCUGUUCGCCGUGCUGACCCUGCAGUGGCAGCGUCUCUUCACCACGCUGUCCACGGCGGUGUUUGGCGCCGCGGUCAUCACCGUGGCGCUGGACUACUUCGUGGAGCUCUUCGCCCUGGUGCUAUACAUGUAUGAGCGUAUCAAAGCGGAAUCUGGGAAGCCCGUGUGCUGGCUGACCUGGGUGGUCCUCGGUGUGUGGCCCGCCCUGACCCUGCUGGGCGUCAUCGUCCAGUGGAAGGUGACCGCUGAGGGAUACUCCCACACCAAGGUAAUCAUCAGCCGGCAGCAGAGGAGGAUGCAGGUGAUGCGGAUCCGUCAGCGAGACGACCGGUACCGCCACAAGAAGAAGAAGAAGCAGCACGGCUCCUCCUCCCACAACCACCAGCAGGCCAAGCAACUCCAGGCUGAGCCCGCCUACCGCCGCAAACCCAACCCCAUCCGUCGCUACGACACAGACGUCCUCUCACCUAGUUACAUCCAGAGUUUCCGGGACCGGCAGGUGCAGGCGCAGCCCUUCCCGGGCCGACUGGUCGGGGGUUCCCACGCCGUCGUGGAGAUGGGCUACGACUGCGGCUCCACGACGCCUCUGACGGGAGCAGCAGGGCCUGCGUUACGGAUCUGAAGGCACCACUGAACCCCAGACCCCUCCAUCACCACCCCACCUAGAUCACUGAACCUCCACGAGUGGGGGGUUUAAACAAAACCUGUGUUUAGCCACUUACCUGACACGAAGAAAAUGAUUUUUGGGGCUGGAUUUACCCAAAACACAAACUCAUCAACCCCUUUUCUUGCUAAACUUCUGGUGUCGAACCCCGGCUCCUCUUCCAGCCGCCCAUUGUGGUGCAGAGGUCCAACUUACCUCUUCUCAUGCUCUUUCAGGACAUUCACAUGCAUGCACAGACUUUACCACAAGCAAACACUGCAUCUACAGUCUCUAAAGUUGACGUGGAGAUCUAAAGCAGCCUGCUGGAUCCAGCCCCGACCUCCAUGUCCCCAAUCUCAAGUUAAACCAGAUCAGGGAUCGGAGUUUCAUCGCAAACCCACCUCAGGUUCUAACACUUUCAUCACACCGAGGACCAAACAGUAACACCGUGGAACUGCAGCUAAAGAUCGUCUGUAUGGACCGGCGAGGACCCGUAAAUGCAAGCCAGACUCUUAUUUGCGUUCUGUGCCAUGUGGAAUAAGAUCAUCCUCUUUGGGAAGUUAUUAAUGUCAUUUUUAUAGAGGGGAAACCCUUUGUCACCCUUGGUGCUGGACAGAACUCUUC